AGAUAUUGAUUAUCUAAUGACAUGCAGGUUAUAUGCCUUCGGAUCUGUACAAUUUAAACUCAGCAUAUGGUUCUGAGGAGGAACUUAAACACUGCAUUGAAGAAAUGCAUUCUCAAGACCUUUUGGCCUUGGGAGAUGUUGUGCUGAAUCAUCGGUGUGCACAUAAACAGAGCCCAAAUGGUGUUUGGAACAUUUUUGGUGGCAAGUUUUCUUGGGGUCCUGAGGCAAUUGUUUGCGAUGAUCCAAAUUUUCAGGGUCGUGGAAACCCUUCUAGUGGUGAUAUAUUCCAUGCUGCACCAAACAUCGAUCAUUCCCAGGAGUUUGUAAGAAAAGAUAUAAAAGAGUGGUUAAAUUGGCUUCGAAAUUACAUUGGUUAUGAUGGGUGGCGCCUCGACUUUGUGAGGGGCUUCUCAGGUUCUUAUGUAAAAGAAUAUAUUGAAGCUUCAAAUCCUGCAUUUGCUAUUGGAGAAUAUUGGGAUAGUUUAGGUUAUGAGCAUGGCGACUUGUGUAACAAUCAAGAUGCUCAUAGGCAAAGGAUAGUCAAUUGGAUCAAUGCCACAGGGGGUACUUCAUCAGCAUUUGAUGUCACAACAAAGGGAAUCCUCCACUCUGCUCUGCAUAAUCAAUACUGGAGAUUGAUAGAUCCUCAAGGCAAACCAACUGGAGUUAUGGGAUGGUGGCCUUCGCGUGCUAUCACAUUUCUAGAGAACCAUGAUACAGGAUCAACACAGGGUCACUGGCCAUUUCCACGAGAUAAGCUUGCACAGGGAUAUGCCUAUAUUCUGACCCAUCCUGGAACACCUUAA